AUGGAUGACGAAGACUUCCCGAUGGGGGAAGACUCAAUAAUUAUCUCCACAGAGCCUAACGGUGACCAUGCACCUGAAACGAUCAUUCCUUCUAAAAUCUUUGGCAAUAGCAAGGGCCCGCUGCUGUCCAAACAAGAGCAACUACCCUUCCACAGUCCAUCCAAAGGUCCAAUGUUGCAGCCGAAUGUACAUCGAAGUAAUCCCGGGUCCCACCGAAUGACCAAAUCGCCUAGUAGCUGGCCAGAUAAGAUGAAUGCAUCAAGACUGACUCCAGCUCAACAUUCCAGCCCACAAGUCCGCGUACCUCCUAAGCCACGCUCUACACUUGUUUACCCAACAUCAAAAACGGGACUCGUUUAUGACCCUCGCAUGCGGUUUCAUGCCGAACUCCCAGAUAUGAACAUCAAUCCAGACGACAUCCAUCCUGAAGACCCUCGGCGUAUCCAUUCGAUUUUUGAGGAGCUCAAGCAAGCUGGACUAGUGGCUUCCAGCACUUCGGAAGAAGACAAAGAAGAUCACUGUUGGAGGAUUGCGGCCCGAUUUGCCACAAGACCUGAGAUACUGCUCAUUCAUACUGAAGAACAUUACGAUCUUGUGAAGUCCUUCCAAAAUAUGACCUCCGAUGAGUUGAAGUUUGAAGCUGAGCGGCUUGAUUCAAUCUAUCUCAACAAUUCGACUUAUGAAUGCGCGAAGCUCGCAGCUGGUGGUGCUAUUGAAGCUUGUAAAGCGGUAGUACAGGGAGCUGUGCGCAACGCCAUUGCUAUCAUCCGCCCUCCUGGACACCAUGCGGAAAGCGAUCAACCGUCAGGAUUCUGCAUCUUCAACAACGUUCCAAUUGCUACCCGCGUGUGUCAGAAUGCUUAUCCAGAAACUUGCCGCAAAGUCUUGAUUUUGGACUGGGAUGUGCACCACGGUAACGGCAUUCAGCAUGCGUUCUACGAUGACCCCAACGUCCUUUACAUAUCGCUACAUGUUUUCAAGGACGGAACCUUUUAUCCCAAUCUACCUGACGGCAAUCUUGACUAUUGCGGUGAAGGCCGUGGCGAAGGAAAGAAUGUGAACAUUCCAUGGGCAGAACAUGGGAUGGGCGAUUCAGAAUACCUUUACGCUUUCCAGCAAGUCGUUAUGCCGAUCGCUACGGAAUUUAACCCCGAUCUUGUCAUCAUUUCGGCUGGGUUUGAUGCAGCCGAAGGCGACUUAUUGGGUGGGUGUUUUGUUACGCCUGCAUGCUAUGGUCACAUGACCCAUAUGCUCAUGAGCCUAGCCAAGGGAAAGCUGGUUGUAUGUCUCGAAGGUGGUUAUAAUCUGCGGUCGAUUGCACGCUCUGCGCUAGCGGUAACCAAAGUGCUCAUGCUAGAGCCUCCGGAUCGUUUGCGUGAUGACCUUCCAGCGCCAAAGGACAGCGCUGUAUACAUUGUAGAGAACGUCAAACGUCAGCAUUCAAAGUAUUGGAAGUCACUUUAUCCGAAACACCUGGAUAAAACAGACCCUGGAUACCAGGAUGCGUACCGGUUUCACGAAAUCAUCCGAGAAUGGCAGAGUCAACGUCUAGCUGCAGAGCACUCGAUGGUUCCCCUUCCUCCACUUCAGAUCAACAAAGCAGGCUUGGCACAGACGUUUGAGCACAACAUCAUCGCUACACCAAAGUUCAUGGAGCAAUAUCCCCUACUUGUGAUAUUCCAUGACCCGCCGAGUCUCCAAGAUCACUCUGAUCCCAUGUCUGGCAAGAGAGAGCUACACAACACAUGGCUCACUGAUGUUACCAAGAGGUACAUUGAUUGGGCCAUCAAAAAUGACUUCCAGGUCAUUGACGUGAAUAUUCCCAGAGUAGUAGCGGUUGAGGAUCCGAACAUUGGUUUCACAAAAUCAGACAACUCAGUGAUUCGUGCACAACAAACGCGUGAGCUCGCGAGCUAUCUAUGGGAGAACUAUAUCGAGCCUAAUGAAGCAACACAAGUCUUCCUAAUGGGCGUCGGUGAUGCCUAUCUAGGACUUGUAGAUUUACUUAGCCACAACGAAAACUGCACCGAUCCCGAUAGUCCGGUCGAAUGUCUUAUCGGUUUUGUGGCUGAAACCACGAUUCAGUCGAUAAAGCGAGCGACGGACGAUACCAUCUCUAGUUGGUACCACUCGCAUUCAAUGAUAUUUGUAAAGAAUAGCCACUUCGUUUGGGACCCGAGCCGCCAACGUAAGAUGCGCAAGAAGCUCGGAAAUCUGAUAAAGUCAUCUCAGGAUACACUAGAUGAUAUGUUGGAGCAGCAUUUGGAGGAAGUGCAGGAACUGCUUUUGGAGAAGAAGAGCGAGUUCGAAGAGAUGAAUGAUAUAUCAAGUCGUACUGACGAGGGACCGCAGACCACAUCUAUGGGACUGCAGAGCUCACCCCUGCCAAGGGCGCCUUACGAUUCGAAGAGAUUCGAGCCCGGCGGCAGACAAGAAAACGCGGCCAAUGCACUGAAAAGCCCUAAGAUGCCAGCGGUUGGUCUGUUCGCCGUAAGUCCCAAGACUUCAGGGACCAGAAGUCCUAUGAAAAGACCGUCUUCGUAA